AUGAAUCCAUCAUAUCCAGGAACUCGAGUGAUUGACAAGAAACACAAUCAAGGAAUUUAUUUAGCAUCAACCUUUCACUGUUAUAUUCAAUUGUUAGAUAUUGCUAAAGAAUUAGGCCCAUGUCCAAAAGGUGGUUCACAUGAACUAAAAUCUCAUUAG